GUAGAUUCCUUAUUUUGAGUCUGACAUGACAACCGAUUAAGGUUAUGUCAGUUGUUAUUAUUGUAAACGAAGUUGAGUUAAAACAAGUGUAAAGUGUUCAUAUUUUUGAAAUUGGAACUUUACUGAAAAGUAUAAUGUCAUCACAAUUAAUCGAUAAGUUUAAGCAGCUAGAUGCUUAUGCUAAAACAUUAGAAGAUUUUCGAAUAAAAACUGCCACCGGCGCAGCAAUAACUGUGACCGGCGGCCUAAUAAUGAUGUUAUUAUUCCUCUCAGAACUAUAUACUUACAUGUCGCCUAAUAUUUCGGAGGAAUUGUUUGUUGACACGUCAAGAGGGCAUAAACUCAGAAUUAAUAUAGAUAUUACCGUUCCUACUAUAUCAUGUAGUUAUUUAGUCCUUGAUGCUAUGGACUCAUCUGGGGAACAACAUUUACAAAUGGAACACAAUAUUCACAAGAGAAGAUUAGAUUUAAAUGGCAUUCCUAUAGAAGAACCAAAAAAAGAGGAAAUAGCAGUAUCCACUACCGUUAAACAAAAUAUAUCUGAUGUGGCAAUUAUAACAUGUGGGAGUUGCUAUGGUGCUGCAUUUAAUGAUUCUACAUGCUGUAACACUUGUGAGGAAGUAAAGGAAGCAUACAGAUUAAGAAGAUGGGCUUUGCCUGAUUUAGCCACAAUAGAGCAAUGUAAAAAUGAUGAUUCCAUUGAAAAAUCAAAUUUGGCUCUCAAGGAAGGUUGUCAAAUAUAUGGAUACAUGGAAGUCAACAGAGUUGGUGGUAGCUUCCAUAUAGCUCCAGGAAAAAGUUUCACAAUUAAUCAUGUACAUGUGCAUGAUGUACAACCAUAUUCUUCAUCAGUAUUUAAUACAACCCAUUAUAUUAAACAUUUGUCUUUUGGUACGGACAUUGAAGGUGCUAACACUGCACCUUUAGAUGGUGUGAAUGGUGUAGCUAAAGAAGGUGCUGUAAUGUUCCAGUACUAUUUGAAAAUAGUUCCAACAAUGUAUGUUAAGCUAGAUAAAACAGUACUACAUUCAAAUCAAUUUUCUGUCACAAGGCAUAAAAAAUCUGUGUCUAACAUUAAUGCAGAAUCUGGAAUGCCAGGAGCAUUUUUCAGUUAUGAGCUCUCACCCUUAAUGGUUAAAUAUACAGAAAAAGAAAGGUCCAUUGGUCAUUUUGCAACCAACAUCUGUGCUAUAAUAGGUGGAGUCUUUACGGUUGCAGGAAUUCUUGAUGCUCUCUUAUAUCACUCAAUUAAUGCUUUUCAUAAUAAAAUUGAGUUAGGUAAAGCUGGAUAAUUUAUAAUAGUUAUAAUGUCUUCAA